AUGACUCAAGGACAAGUUAAACCAGACAGAAUUUGGUCCAUUGAUGGUGACCAUGAAAUCGUGUUGAAGCAAUCAUGGGCAAUCAUUUUGAAGCAUUUCGGUUACGACUUGGAUGACAUGACUUAUGCUGACAUUGAGAACAAGGCCAACUUUGUCUCGUCCAAGUCGAAGCACGCACUUCCAAAGGUCCUGAAGUCCAUCUUAUCGGAUCUUCAGCCACCAUCCCAGAGAACCAUCAAGGUUUUUCGCCACAUGAACGGUAAUGCCAAUCAUUUAGAGGGUGAGUACGACAAGAGCGUCAAACCUAUUUCUAAGGACCGCUUCCACCACUUCGAGAAGCACAGUGAUCCUAUGCUUCACCAGGCUUUCAUCAAUGGUUUGAGAAAUGAUUCGCCAGACAACGAGCUUCUCCGUUUCGUGAGAGCCAGAAAGUUCAAGUUGUUGCCAAUCGUGGAAAUGGCAGCCAAUCAAUUGGAGUGGAAGUCCACUCAUCACAACGUGGACAAAUAUCUUAGCGAUGCCGACGCAUACUACUACUUUAACAAGGAGAAGCCAGAAUAUAUCGGCGCCUUUGAGAAGGAGAAGGCAUACUUGAGAGGCAAUGAUCUUAAGGGUGGUAAAAUUGCCGUUGUACGUGUCAAGAAGCACUUUGGCCACGACUGCCCAGAGGUUGACUUCGAGAUUUUCAUCUGUCAAAUCAUUGAGAGUGCCAGAUUGACCUUGAGAGACUAUGAGUUGGGUACCGAUGGUGCCAAUAUUUUGUUUGACAUGAGCGGGUUCUCAUUGAAGAAUGCUGACUUGAAUGCCGUUAAGUUUUUGGCCAAGCAGUUCGAGGCCAACUAUCCCGAGUCUCUUUCUGCCAUUUGGAUUCACAAGGCUCCAUGGAUUUUCAACGCUGUUUGGAAGAUUAUCAAGGGUUGGUUGGACCCAGUCGUUGCUUCCAAGAUUCAUUUUACCAAGACCACUAAGGAUUUGGAAAAGUUCGUUGACAAAAAGCACAUUCCUCUGGACCUUGGAGGACUAGAUGAUUUCGAGCCAACUUACAUCCCUCCUACCAAAGAAAACAGCGCUAAAAAGCCUAAGGAUGAGACCUUCCAGAAGUUGGUUGCCGAGAGAGAACAUAUCCUUUUGCAAUUCUUUGAGCAUACUUUGAAGUGGAUCAAAGCCAAGACUCCCGAGGAGUCCACUGAGCUUUUGAACACCAAGAUCCAAUUGGGUGCUGAAGGUGGUUUGAACUACAUUGCUUUGGACCCAUAUAUUCGUACCAGAAGUCUCUUUGACAGAAACGGUUGCAUUGGCACUUUGGGUAUUUAA